AGCCAAGUCUCCCAGAUCUCUAUACCUGACACCUCCAUCCUCACCUGCCAAGAUGUUGUUUGCUGUGAGCCUCCUCCAGCUUUGUGCCGGAAUCUCUGUCUCUGCAGAUCUUCAGUGUACAACAAUCCCAGGAAAACUGAGACAGAUUGAUGCCGGCGCUGGUGAAGUGUACGGUGUGAACGAUAAUGAUGACAUUUUCCGCUGGGUAGACAAUGGCUGGCAGAACGUUCCUGGAAAGCUCGUCCAUGUUUCUGUUGGACCUGCUGGAGUUUGGGGUGUGAACCGAGCCAACGUCAUCUAUAAGCUCCAGGACAAUGAAUGGAUGUCUGUAUCAGGGCUCUUGAAGCAGGUGGAUGCUGGAGGUAAUAAGUACUUGAGUGGAGUGAAUGCACAGGACGGCAUCUUCUGCUUGAGACAGAGUUGCACAGUUUCAAGAUCUUCUGCUGUAACCUGGACCCAACUGGAAGGGGACCUUAAAUAUUACAGCUGUGGUUUAUUUGGCUGCUGGGGAAUCAACAAACCAAACAAUAUUUACUUCCGCAACAAUGUCAACCCAACAGCCUGCCAGGGAACCCAAUGGCAGCAGGUUGGAGGCAAUCUGGUAAUGGCAGAGGUUGGUACCGAUGGUUCUGUGUAUGGUGUUAACUCAGCAGGCAACGUGUACAGAAGGUAUUUUCCUUUUUUUUUUCAUAUAUGUAUUCAAGAUUGUUACUUUGGCAAAGUGUUAAUGGUUGGAUGUAGUAAGAAGGAGAGUCCCGGGUUCCUGGAUGCUGAAGAAUCCAUCUAUGGCUGA